AUGAAGUUUAUCCAAGAACGACCGGAUGAAAAGCUUAGUCCUGGGCAUCAUUUGUUCCUAUAUAUGUUUGAUGAAGAUCGUCCUGCAAACGCCUUUGAUCAGGCCAAGCGCUCUCAAGUUCGUCGUUUCGCCAAAUCUCGCUUACCACUCACAUUACACGAUACCAUCAAAGUUCGCUCAUCAGAGGAAGUGCAUCAAGAUACCUUGGGCGUCCUUCAGACAAGAAAUACCGAUGUGUUUCCAAUCCAGUGCCUCAGCCGCCAUCACGAAGAGUGGAUUUUAACGCAGGCAACCCUGGAACCCGCUUGCUUGCUAGGCCUCAUUAGCUACUCGGCUGCUUUGCUAGAUUCUGAAAAGGGACCUGGAAAUCAAAAUAUGAUCGGUCCACGCACUGCAAGCUACUGGCAUGUUGCAUUCAAAGUGAAAGCUAUCAGAUACCUCAGUGAGAAAGUCUCAAAUCCGGAAGACGCUUUGUCUAUCACCACUAUCUAUGGUGUGGCAUGCGUUUUAGCUAUCGAGAUGUUAAAUGGGGACAAAGAGGCCAUCGCCACGAAUCUCCAAGGGCUUAAAACCAUUGUAUCUAUCCGAGGUGGCUUCCAGGGGAUACCUGCUGCUAUCAUGGAUCUUAUCAUCCGGUAA